AUGGACCAGGGCCGUUCAACCAGUGCCCAGCAGCCCAAUAGGCUGCGUGAAAGGAUUGUGUCCCGCCCUGAUUCAACUACGGGCAGCGAGCCUCUAAUCGCGACCGGCGAGAUGGAGGCCGUGAAGGACAGGUCCGGGAAAGACAAGAAGACUUUUGGCCGAACUCCAGAUGGAACGAUCUUCACAGUACCUCAAACCCAUGAUAUGGUCUCCCAGCUUCUAUCGCCAUCCGAACCCAAGAAUGUGGGUGAUUUGGUGGUGAUAGCUUUGCUAGCAAUCCAUGUUCUCCUCCUUUGGUACCUGCCUGCCAAUGCCAAAGUACCUGUCUUUGCUUUCAUCUACCUGUUCUGGCGGGCGGCAUACAAUGGAGGGAUUGGAUGGCUUUUGCAUCACCAAUCCCACCACAAGACUCUGAUUCGUUGGGCAGAAAAGACCAAGGUAUUUGUGAAUCCAGAUAAGGGACAAAAUCCGCACCCUGGGCUAUACAAAUGGAUCAAGAAAGAGCUGGAAGCCAAAAUUCCAAAGGAUUACUCCUUUGAAAAUGCACCUCUUGAAUACAAUACUUGGCUCGUUUUCAGACGUCUUGUGGACUUGAUCCUGAUGUGCGACUUCGUCUCUUACUGUCUCUUCGCCAUUGCGUGUGGACACCGUCCCGUGGGCGAAAGUAUCACGAUGACCGUCCUUCGAUGGACCGCGGGCAUUGCUCUCGUCUUGUUCAACCUGUGGGUCAAAUUGGACGCCCACCGAGUAGUCAAGGACUAUGCCUGGUACUGGGGUGACUUCUUCUACUUGAUCGACCAAGAGCUCACCUUUGACGGUGUCUUCGAGAUGGCCCCUCACCCUAUGUAUUCGGUCGGCUACGCCGGAUACUACGGUAUCUCUCUGAUGGCGGCCAGCUACAAGGUUCUGUUCAUUUCAAUUCUUGCCCAUGCAGCUCAAUUCGCCUUCCUCGUCCUCGUCGAAAAUCCACACAUUGACCGAACCUACAACCCGCCACCACCCCGAAAGCGAUCCGUGUGUGUGGACUCAUCCUCCAGUCUUCCCUUAGACCCGGACACUCCGAGAGCGCCUACUCCAUCCGAGGAUCUUACUCCCAAUGCGUCAUCUCUGUACUCGGCCAAGCCACCGCCUUCAGUUCAUAACAUGUUGGGCCUUCACAACAUGGACCUGUAUAGAACUACGGACUCUUCUAUUUUGCUGAUUCAGCUGCUAGUAUUUGCCCUUACCGCUUUGACGCCGUCCACCUGGCGGUAUCAGCUUCUCUUUGUGGCAAAUGCUAUCGUAUGGCGACUGUGGUACUCUGUAGGCCUCGGGCUAUUGCUUAACAAACAGUCUCGAAACAAAACUUGGACGCGGCACUUCCUCAAGUUUGGUGAAACCCCAAUCGAGGCGUGGAACCAGUGGAAGGGAACUUACCAUCUCAGUAUGAUCAUGUGCUACUCAAGUUUCAUCGCCGCUGCAUGGAAAAUGUACACCUUUCCAUCCGACUGGGGCUACGGCCUGGUUCUCUUCCGCCAUGUUCUUGGCGCCGGGUUGAUCAGCUUGCAAAUUUGGACCUCGGUCAGCAUCUACGACUCUCUUGGUGAAUUUGGCUGGUUUUACGGAGACUUCUUUUUUGAUGCUUCUUCCAAAUUGACCUACGAUGGAAUCUAUCGCUUCCUCAACAACCCUGAGCGAGUUUUGGGCCUUGCUGGCGUCUGGGGUGCCGUUCUGAUUACCAGCAGCGCUGCGAUCACGUUCCUCGCCGUUCUGAGCCACAUCUUGAGCUUGGCAUUCAUCCAGUUCGUCGAGCGUCCUCACAUGCAGAAGCUCUACGGACGGAGUCUUCGUCAAGACGGUGGUGUGGUCAAGAAUCUCAAGAAGUCCCUGCCACCCUCGCUGAAACAGCUGCACGGGAGCGUGGACAAGAUGUUUGAUGACUCGUUUGAAUUUGUUGAGGAGCUGCUUGAAAACGCUCGCCCCAAGCUCGCGGCUGGUGUCAAUACCUUCGUCAAGGAUACCACCGCUUUGUUUCAAAAGUACCCUGCUCGCAUCACCAUCUCCCGCAUUGACGCCGAUCUUGCCGGCUUGAACGUGGCCGACUACUCACUCUCCGUUGAAGGUACAGCCGCCAAAGCCUUGGACGAGAGCGAACAAGGAAAGGGCCGCGAGGGUGAAAAUGCCCGCAUGCCGCUAGAUCGUCGCGGCGAUUUGAAGAAUCUGACUUUCGAAUACGGUGUGCCGAUCAAGGUCAAAUGGACCGCGCCUCUCAACCACAGCAAGAAAGACUGGGUCGGCCUCUACAAGGUGACUGACAAUACCUCCCGCGAGGUCACCCGCGUGUCGUCUCAGGGCCGAUGGGUUGCCACCAAUGAGGGCUCCUACGACAAUACCACGUGCGAAAAAGGGAUCAUCACCAGUGAUAUCGUCGUGCAGGCCAAGCAACAGGACGGCUUGAAGGGCCACGAUGUCGCUUCAGGAGAGAUUGUUUUCUCUGGAGACAAGCUCUUUUGGACCCAAGGCACAUUCGAGCUUCGUUAUCAUCACAACGGAAUGCACAACGUGAUGGCAAUUUCCAGGCCAUUUGAGAUCCGGAUCCGCCGCUUUGACGAGGAUGACGCUCUGUUUGGGGACGAUGUCGCCCAGACGGCCGUCGAAAAUGCUCUGCUCCCUGUUGUCCGUAACUGCUUCGAUCGUGAUCCAGAGAUCGCCCCUGAAACAGUCGAGGAGCAAUUUGGGAGCCUUGUCGAACGAGAUGGGAAGUUCGCUAAUCGGGUCGUCUUCGCCGUUCAUCAGAUGUUCGGUGUCGAGCUCGCACCCGAGGUCGUCAAAGCCGAUGGAACUGUCAGAAACCUUGCCUGGAGGAUAUUCAACGCGAAGAAGGUUUUGGCUCCUUACAGCAUGUCUCGCUCCAACGGUACCACAACACCAGUCGAGCGGAAGCUAUAG